AUGUCACGAGACAAUGAAUGGAUUCCAGAAGAUUUGGUGAACUUGAUUGUUUUGAUUUUUCAUAUUCACAUUACUGUUUAUCUCUACUCUGUGAUUAUGUCGUACUUUUAUUGGACAAAUCAAAUUUCUUUGACAAUACAAGUUGUUAAUAUAUUUUCCACACAAUUGGUUUUGCCUUUUAUUCCAAUUAUUGUAUCAUUAUCGUAUAUAGCUUCAAAGGAAAAUUUAAGAGCAAUAGGAUGGACUUUUAUGAGUUCUGUGUGGGCAGCAACUAUCGGAUGA